GAAAAAUUUCAGGAAUUCAAAGAAGCUGCACGAUUAGCAAAGGAGAAAUCCCAAGAAAAGAUGGAGCUAACAAGUACACCUUCACAGGAAUCCGCAGGAGGGGACAUUCAAUCUCCUUUAACACCAGAAAGCAUUAAUGGAACAGAUGAUGAAAGAACUCCAGAAGUGACACAGAACUCGGAACCAAGGGCUGAACCAACCCAGAAUGCAUUGCCAUUUACACAUAGUUCAACAAUCAGCAAGCACUGGGAGGCAGAACUGGCCACACUUAAGGGUAACAAUGCCAAGCUCACAGCAGCUCUGCUGGAGUCCACUGCCAAUGUAAAACAAUGGAAACAACAGCUUGCUGCAUAUCAGGAGGAAGCAGAACGUCUACAUAAGCGGGUGACUGAGCUGGAGUGUGUGAGCAGUCAAGCAAAUGCAGUCCAUACACAUAAAACAGAAUUAAACCAGACAAUACAGGAAUUAGAAUCCACACUGAAGAAGAAAGAACAGGAAAUAGAAAGAUUGAAACAAGAAAUUGAUAAUGCCAGAGAGCUUCAGGCACAGAGGGAUGCUUUGACCCAGAAGCUCCAGGAAGUAGAAAUUCGAAACAAGGACCUGGAAGGACAGCUGUCUGAUCUAGAGCAACGUCUGGAGAAAAGUCAGAAUGAGCAAGAAGCUUUUCGCAAUAACUUGAAGACACUUUUAGAAAUUCUUGAUGGAAAAAUCUUUGAACUAACAGAAUUACGAGAUAACCUGGCCAAGCUAAUAGAAUGUAGCUAAAGAAAUGGGAUUUCAGUGCCAAUCAUCUUAAAGAUGCACUGUCUCUCUUCAUAGGACUAUGUUGGGCUCUGCAUCAAAGUUGCACAAAAUUAGAAAAAUGCUCCUCCAAGAGGGCCUAUUUUAAAUUUGAAUAGUAUAUUUCAAUGUAAAAAUUAGAAUUCAUCUUGUAGCUAGUCAAAAAAGAAAACACUUGAAUUACAAAUUACCUCCAUGUAUAUUAUUGGCCAUACAUAACUUGAAGAAAGAUAUUAACAGUAAUUAAAUGCAGUGAUUUUCUAAUUAUUAGCCAGUGGAAGAAUUAGCAGUGUCCCAAGUCACAUCCCCUUUUGGUGUUAGACACAAUGUAGAUUAUCUGCUUUUUUAUUUAAUUAAGAUAUCUAAUUGAUGUGUUUUGUGCAAAAACUUAGUGAUGACAGCCCUGUCUUUUGUUGUAAUCUUAAUAAUUUCUCAGGAUAUUUUGCACUGUUGAGAAACAGUGCCAUUACCAAUUAAUUCUUGCCAGGAGUGAGAGAGAAUUGCAUCUUUAAUUGAAACAUAGUUAAUAGAACUGCUUGUAUAGAGUUCUUCCUUUUUUUUAUACUGGAAGAUACUGUAUUUCUUUAUGAAGUUUACUCUGGUGUUCUAUAAUAUUGUCCAGUGUAUGGUUUACUUUCCAUAUUAAUUCCAUAUAUUUGCAAUGAGAUACUGUCUCCCAUUUUAUUACACAUUUUGAAGUCAACCAAUGAAGGCAGGUGAGUUCCUCAGAAAAAAAUAUUUUUUAAUUUAAAAUUUGACAUACACACACAAAUAUAGGUAGCCAGACAUUUAUUGUCUGGCCUUAUUAAACAUCAAAUAUAAUUAGAAUGUGCAGUUACUUGAAAAUGUUUUAUUAGCCUGUUUUGCAAGAAAUCUUU